GCACUUGACCACGCCUACCAACCAAUAAUCCCCGCCCCUUCACAAUGGCGUCCUUGUUAGAAGGCGUGAAGAGAAAGAAGUCUCUUUCCUUCCAGUUUUCAAAAGAAAACUAUGAAUCUUUGUGUACUCAUGCCCAAGAUGGGGAUAUGUCUAAACUUGUCUCCCUCAUAUCUCUUUACGACUCCACUUCCUUCGGUUCUGCUACCUUCUGCCCUGAUCCAAAGCAACACAAACCCUCCCCUUUCGUCCUAGCAGCACAAUACGGGAGACUAGAGACCGUCUCUUACUUUCUAGACUCCUUUGGGCACAUAAUAGACAUAGAUCACGGGGCCACUAUAAUCUCCCGUACAACAAGGAAACAGGUACAUCACGCCACGGCCCUGUGGGCCGCCUGUACAGGAGGACACAUUGAUAUCGUCAGGCUGUUAGUUAGCAAAGGUGCCAAUGUCAAUAAAACGACUCUUACGCGGUCGACGCCACUCCGUGGUGCCUCGUUCCACGGUUUCAUUGACGUUAUGAGGUACCUCAUUAAAGUCGGUGCCGAUAUUAAUACACCUAACUGUAUCGGACAGAGCCCACUCUGUAUUGCCGCCAUGAGAGGAGAAGUAGAGGCUGUUAGGUUUCUUGUUCAAAAUGGAGCCGAUACCUCCCAGCAUACUAUUAACGGCUACUCCGUAAUGCACCUAGCAGCUGCUAAGGGUAAGGAUGAAGUCAUCUCUUAUUUACUAGAGGUGGGAGUGUCACCAGGAUUCCAUGAAGCCAAGCCAUUAGAGAAAGGUUAUGUACCUUGUCCUCUCUUCCUGGCUGCAUCAACUGGACAGACUAAAGCUGUGAUGGUCCUCAUGAAGCACAAGGACUGUCCUCUUUCUUGUCAAUCUGAUGCCAACUUGCUCCUGGCCUCAAUGCAAUGUGAAUUAAGAAAAAGGCUGAGAUUUACCGAACCGAAAAUACAAAUGUACUGGGAAGAAGGAUUACGUCUAAGAGAAGACUAUUCCCUCUCUCCCUCGUACCUCCCUCCUCUGCCAGAGUAUAACAAUCGGGUUGAGAUACAGACUCUCGAAGAGUUGCAGUCAAACUGGUUCAAUCCCGAUUUCUGUCGUCUUGACGUGUUUUAUCAAAGCCUCAUGAUUCGCGAGAGGUGCAUGGGGCGUCUUGACCAGGGACUCAUUUACUUCCUUAUACGGCGUGGCUCGUAUUUCUGUCACGACAGGCGCUACAUUGAAGCGGAGCAGCUGUGGGAGAGGGCAAUGAGUAUGGAGAUCGAGGUCUGUAACUACGAGAUAUCCCACGGCGAGUAUGGACACUGUGAAGGUAUCAUGAGAGACCUCGAGAAAGACCUUACGGUCUACUCUGAAGGUAUUUGCACCAUGCUACAGGCCGGAUAUGAGCCAAACUUCACUCAAUACAUUAACUACGGACUGAAAGAGCUUGAGAUACUACAACAGCUGGGAGAGAAGGCCGACUGUGAGGUUAUAGACUGCACGACACUCCUCGGACUCAUAAUGGAGAUAUUCCUCUCUUGGAUAACUCUCUCGUCUUACGAGAAUGACAAAGGAGCCUACUCCUGGCCAAAAGAAUGCGAUGCUUUAGGUCGGGGCUUUGUCUCGAAAUAUCUUCACUAUGCACCUGGAACGACUCUCCUUCACCUUUCACUCACAAACUUUAACAUAUCGGACCAGGAAAAUAGGAAGAUACUAGAUCGAUACGUUGAUCUACGUGGACUCAUUCUAGCACUACUAGCCUGGGGGGCAGAUGAUGUCCUCGAUAUGCCCAACAGCGAAGGAAAGCGCCCGCUACACGUUGCACUCGAUUUAUCAGUAGAAUCGGGCGAUAUUGAAGUACUCUCUCCUCUCAUUGAUUCAGGUCCUCAUCUUGAUGCUGUUGACUCAAAUGGAGUCACAGUCUAUGAAGCUGCCACCAUGGACAUUCAUAAAGUCCUUCUCUAUUCUCACGGGCCUUCUCCUCUAACUUGCUGUGCCGCUAGAGUCAUCGUUAAAACUGGUAUCGAUUAUUCGGGGCUCCCGUCUCAUAUUAGGAAGUUUAUACGGAUACAUGAUAAGGAGUUUGUUAUGGAGAGUUUUGCCCACUAAGUUUGUUGUUAUUAUCAUUAUUAUUAUUAUUUAAUUAUUAUUAGUUGUAUAAUAGUA